AUGGGCUCUUCCAGAUCUGUCAAAAGCUUCGUCUUGCUAAUUCUGAACCUUUCAGCUUUUAUAGCUUGGGUAACAGCCGCCACUGUUUCGUCUCUGCGAAAUCAAAACGAGUUUGAUAAGUUGGAGCGUCCCAUGAUGUCUCUGGGAGUCCAAAUUGUGUAUGAUGAUGCGUUUCUGCGAAGCGACGUGAAACUCUUGGCUGGCGUAAAACAAUAUCUUUCAGCAUUGCUCAAUGCCGCUGAACUGAGAUUUGCGGAUAUGAUCAAUCCUGUUAUUGAACUGAUAUUGACCCAAACAACUCAUGUGGAUGACGAUUUCAUUUUUCGAUACGCAAGGGGUGAUUUCUAUGGCAUGGUCAACUAUUACCAAUCAGUGCAAUUCAUGAAGGAUGGAGCUCUAGGUUAUGAAGUAUCAUUUGGGGAGGCAGACCUAGUUUUGUUUGUAACAGGCCAGUCUGUUGAACCUCCAACAUUACGGCCGCAUGGGUCUUGGAUCGGUGUGCCAACGAUAGGUGGAGUGUGCACGAAGGACAAGUUUGGUCUCCUUUACGAUGACGGCGUAUCUUUCAGCGGUGCAACAGACAUGGCGCAGCAAAUAGCAUUUUUAUUGGGCGCAGUAGGACCACGGAUAAGCGACGGAUCCCUUUUGUCCCAACCCGGCGGGGGAUCCUAUCAUUAUGGCCUCAGCGACGAAGGAAAAAAAGCGAUCUUUGAACAUUACAAGAGGAAGCAUAAAACAGAAAAUGGUUGCUGGAAGGACAGACCAAAACCGAUGAUACCAAAAUAUCCUGUUGACUUCCUGCUGGAGAGACGUGUUGAUAUUUGUACAGAAACCUAUGGAACACCGUACAAGGAGUGCCCGGAAGUGGACGGGCAACGAAUUACUGCCGAAUGCCGCGUUUUAUGCUGCCUUGGCGGUUCUCGGAAGCAAGAGGUAUUUGUGCCUGACGGAGCCGAAUGUGGUCCGGAUGGUCGAAUGUGUAUUCACGGAUGGUGCGUAGAUAAAAUUGGGGACUACAUAUCCACGCCGGGGCUUUCGAUUUCAACAAUACCGGGAGGAACACCCUACGACUGGGAUAAAUUGAAAUCACAAAUGCAGUCUGAGAACGAAGAAAACAUAUAG